AGCCCUCGCUCUUUCCUUUCCUCUGGUGCCGUCAGCGGACUAUCGUGUCCCGACAAAAUGGCACUUUAUAACUUUAAGAAGAUUAUGGUGGUUCCCACCGCAAAGGAAUUCAUCGACAUCACUUUAUCGAAAACUCAGCGGAAAACUCCCACAGUGGUGCACAAACAUUACCAGAUCCACCGCAUCCGACACUUUUACAUGCGAAAGGUGAAGUUUACUCAGCAGAACUACCACGACCGCCUCACGCAGAUCCUCACCGACUUCCCCAAGCUCGACGACAUCCACCCGUUCUAUGCUGAUCUGAUGAACGUGUUGUAUGACAAGGAUCAUUACAAACUGGCUUUGGGUCAAAUCAACAUCGCAAAGAAUCUCAUUGACAAUGUUGCCAAAGACUAUGUGCGUCUGAUGAAGUACGGAGAUUCUCUGUAUCGGUGUAAACAGCUGAAGAGAGCAGCUCUGGGUCGUAUGUGCACCAUCCUGAAACGACAGAAGUCCAGUCUGGAAUAUCUGGAGCAAGUGCGUCAGCAUCUUUCCCGUUUGCCGUCCAUCGAUCCCAACACGAGGACCCUGCUUCUGUGUGGUUACCCCAAUGUGGGCAAGUCCAGUUUCAUCAACAAGGUGACCAGAGCAGAUGUUGACGUGCAGCCGUAUGCUUUCACCACCAAGUCUCUGUUUGUGGGUCACAUGGACUACAGAUAUCUGCGCUGGCAGGUGGUGGACACCCCUGGAAUCCUGGACCACCCUCUGGAGGAGAGGAACACCAUUGAGAUGCAGGCCAUCACGGCGCUGGCUCACCUGCGAGCAGCUGUCCUCUACGUCAUGGAUGUGUCAGAGCAGUGCGGUCACACGCUGCAGGAGCAGCUGGAGCUCUUCAACAACAUACGGCCACUGUUCGCCAACAAGCCUCUCAUCAUCGUGGCCAACAAAUGUGACGUGAAGAAGAUCGAGGAGCUGCCGGAGGAGAAUCAGAAAAUCUUUGCGGACCUUUCUGCCGAGGGAAUCUCUGUGAUAGAGAGCAGCACUCUGACCGAGGAGGGAGUCAUUCAGGUUAAAAAUGAGGCCUGCGACCGUCUCCUCGCUCAUCGUGUCGACACCAAGAUGAAGAGCAAGAAGGUCCACGAUGUCCUGAACCGCCUCCACCUGGCCAUGCCUGCCAAGAGAGACCAGAAGGAAAGACCUCCGUUCAUCCCAGAGGGGGCGCUGCUGCGCAGGAAGGCGAUGGAGGUGGACACACCCAAACGCAAACUGGAGCGAGAUCUGGAGAUGGAGCUUGGCGACGACUACAUCCUGGACCUGCAGAAAUACUGGGACCUGAUGAACGAGGACGAGAAGAGCGAUAAGAUCCCUGAAGUGUGGCAGGGUCACAACAUUGCAGAUUACAUCGACCCUGACAUCAUGAAGAAACUGGAGGACCUGGAAAAGGAGGAGGAGCUAAAGGAGCGAGCGGGAGAGUAUGACUCCGAUGAGGAGAGUGAGGAUGAGGAGAUGCAGGAGAUCCGCGCUCUGGCCAAACAGAUCCGCAGCAAGAAGCAGCUCAUGGUCCUCACGUCCAAAGAGAAGGACGUGCACGGACCUCGCAUGCCCAGGACUGCCACCAAGGUUGAAAAGAAGAAGCUAGAGAAGGAGAUGAGGGGACUUGGCCUGGAUGUCAACGACAAUGAGGAGAGUCAUUACGUUCAACAGGUGCGACGAUCACGCAGCGUCGCUAAGAAACGUAAGCGUGAAACUUCGGCCCCUCCCACCUCCAAAACUCGCAGCCAGAGCGCCUCCCGUCCACCAAGAGACCAGUCUGGUUUAAGAGACCCCAAGAUGGCAAAGAAGGCAAAGAAAAUGAUGAAAAACUCCCAGAAAGACAUGAACCGCCUGGGCAGGAAGGGCGAGUCGGACAGACACGUGUUUGACCUCAAACCCAAACACCUGAUGGCGGGGAAGAGGAAGUCGGGCACCACAGAUCGCAGAUAAAACCCGCUUUUCUUUUUAAACUGGACUCAUGAAGACAUCACUCAUUCAUUUUACGCUGUUUCUCUAACAGCGCAGAGAACAUGAAAUCUCUUAACUCUUGGUGUGUAGCUGUCAGGGAAAGGCACUACCUCCAUCCCAAAUGAUGAAUAAUUAGAAAAAUAAGUGUCUUUUGUUCAUUGUGUUGUUAAAAGUCUGCAUCUGGAGACAGGAACAGAGACUGCUGAGUUUACUUCAGAUAAAGUGAUCAUGGCCUCGAGUUUCCUCUGAAGAAAUAUUCCUUCACCAGGAAGCCAAAUAAACACCCACCUUUAACAAAAA